ACGGGAGUGCGGUACUUUCCGGCGUCCACAGCUGCGCAUCGACGUCGCGAUUCCUGCGAGUACCACGAAAAUUUUCGAAUUUCGAUCGACGAAUCUGGUUUAGUGCCUACAAAUUUAUCGGUUUGUGUCAUCAAUUAUUGGUUUACGACUUGGGGGGGUGGUGAUGUGUUGUGGCGAGAAAAUGAUUUCGGGGGAGGUUUUCGCAGUUUUCGCCCUUCUGGUCGCCUCCGUCAACUGUCAGGGAUACUACCAGGUCCUUGGUCCCAGGAUUAUACGCCCAAACAGCGAAUUCCACUGCGCCGUCAGCGUGCAAGCAACAUCUGAACCCACCCAAAUAACGGCGGUCCUUCAAGGUUCGUCCUUCAACGGUACCCCGUUCUUGACCCAGGACCAAGUCGUCGUCCAACCGUACACUUCACGAGUGUGCAGACUUGAGGUGGGCGACCUGGAGGAUGGCGAGUACACGCUACAAGUGCGUGGUUCCGGGGGCGUCGAAUUCACUGACGACUAUCCGUUGGAAUUCGUCGAGAAAAGCUACUCCGUGUUCGUGCAGACGGACAGGGCGGUUUACAUGCCCGGCACCACCAUCCUGUUCAGAGCCAUCGCCCUCAAUUCGCAUCUCAAGCCGGCCGCCGAGGUCAGGAACGAGCUGCUCCACAUUCACGUCUCGGACGGGCAGGGGAACAGGGUGAAGGAGUGGACCAACGUGGAGGCCACCCGUGGUGUCUUCACCGGUGAAGUUAAGCUGAGCGACAGCCCUGUUUUGGGGAACUGGAACAUUUCUGUUACCAUCCACGGGCAAACUUACAGCAAGAACGUUGAAGUUGCUGAGUAUAUAUUGCCCAAGUUUGUGGUUGACAUAAAAGCACCCAAGCACAUAACGUUCCAGGAGAACAUAAUUGUGGCCAAUAUUGACACCAAAUACAAUUACGGAAAGAAAGUUAGAGGGGAAGCAACCGUUACAGCCUUCCCCACAAUCUACUCAGGAGUCAUCCAGCCAAUCUUCCAAAAUCCAAUCAGGAAAGUUAUUCCAAUCGAUGGUACCGCCACCGUGCAGUUUGAUAUUGCCAAAGAUCUCAACUUAAAUGACGAAUACGAACGAACUGUAGUUAUAGACGUGACGAUUCAAGAAGCUCUGACUGGCAGAAGACAAAAUAACAGUAUGCAAGUGCACAUCCACAAGUACGACUAUAAAAUGGAACUAAUUAAGAGUGCCGACUAUUUCAAGCCAGGACUGAAGUACACCGCAUACGUUAAAGUAAUGAAUCAUGACGGUACUGCUCUAAGAGCAGACCAACAAACUAUAACAGUCAGACAUGGUUAUUCCAGGCAGGAUGAAGUUUACGAAACUAAUAAAGUGAAAUUAGAUAAAAAUGGCAUAGCCAAACUAGUAUAUGACACUCCUGUCAAUGUGACAAACACAACGGCCCUUAGGAUAGAGGCCGAAUAUCAAGAUUUAAAGGAACGAAUCUCUCCAAUUCCUGCAGCCGUGUCUUUCAGCAACACAUUCCUACAAGUCACAUUGGACACGGACAGGCCAAUCGUGAACCUGGACGUGGAAGUAAUGGUGAACUGCACGGAACCAAUGAGGUAUAUCAAUUAUGUGUUGAUGGGACGAGGGGAUGUACUCAUCACCAACACCUUCCAAGUAGACAACGCCAAAGAAUACAAGUUUCACUUUACGGCAACUCAUGCCAUGGUCCCAGUCACACAUUUAAUCGUUUACUACGUGAGACAAGACGGGGAGUUAAUAGCUGACGCUUUGGACAUCGAGAUUGAUGGGCUGCUCCAAAAUUUCAUUGAUAUUCAAGUCAACACGGUUGAAAGUGAGCCUGAUUUGGACGUAGAAAUGAUCAUUAGAGCCCAACAGAACUCCUACAUCGGUCUGUUGGCUGUGGAUGAAAAUGUUGGCUUGCUGAAACCUGGCUACGACCUCACACACAAGGAAAUCGCCGAGGAAUUGCUGCGUUAUGACGUAGCUAAGGGAACACCAUACUCCUUCAUCAACAAAGAUGCGAAGACACAUUUCAUGUGGAAGCCCGGGGAGAGCAAUGCACACACUGCCAUUUAUGAAUCUGGGGCAGAUCUCUUAACCAAUACAAGAGUUAACAGACACCGUCCGACUCUCGAAGAUAUUUACCUGAGACCAGUAUUUUAUGGCCCGUCAACAAUUAAACCGGACAGAGGUUUCGUCCUACCCGUACAUUCAGUUACAAGGCCACCUCUAGCAGGGCCAUACGCUUUUAGCAGAAUUCCAAAACCAGUCUGGAAUAAACCUAAAGUGUACCUAACUCACGCAAUUGCCAACACCUGGCUUUUCAACAACUUCUCUUCUGGUUAUGAAGGGAAGACAUCGAUUCGUAGAAGAAUUCCCAACACAUUGAAUACUUGGACAAUUACCGGGUUCUCUUUGGACCCCUUACAUGGUUUAGGAUUAAUUACGAAUCCCAAAAAAUUGAAGGUAUCGAAAUCAUUUGUGGUGAGUUUAGACUUGCCUCAUUCGGUACAGCGUGGAGAAAUUUUGGCGGUUCCCGUUGUUGUUUACAACCACAUGGGCCAAGACAUUAAUGUGGAUGUCACCCUUCAUAAUCCUGAACAAAAAUUUGAGUUCGCUGAAGUGUCCAAUGAUGUGAACGCCACCAAGAAAAUCGAGCUGUACAGAAGGAAAAAAAUUAGUGUUAAGAAGAACAACGGUGCUUCCGUCUCUUUCAUGAUAACCCCCUUGAAGCAAGGUUUAAUUGAAGUUAAAGUCACAGCUAAUAGUCCCAGAAAUCAAGACGUGGCCAUGAAGAAUCUAUUAGUAACGACGGAAGGUGAACCAGAGUACUACACAAAAACUCUACUGGUUGACUUGCGCCAAUCCGGAGAUUUCAAAAAGAACAUAACGAUAGACAUACCCAAAAAUGUGGUGGAAGGGUCUGAAGAUAUAAAAGUUUCUGCUGUUGCUGACUUGUUAGGACCAACUCUAGUCAAUUUGGAACAAAUGAUUCGUUUGCCAACUGGAUGUGGUGAACAAAGCUUAGCCCAGUUCAUGCCCAACUUAAUUGUGCUCCAGUAUUUGAAGAGCACCAGACAACUUACACCGACAAUUCAAGAUGAAGCUAUAAGUAUUUUGGAAACAACGUAUCAGAAGCAGCUUUCUUUUAAAAGAUCAGAUGGCUCUUUCAGUCCGUUUGGCUCCAGAGAUGACGCCAGCAAUGUCUGGUUGACUGCCUACACAGCUUUGGCAUUUAAACAGGCGAAACCUUUCAUAUUUGUAGAUCAGCGCAUUAUUGACAGAGCGCUAGACUGGCUGAUGGAUAUCCAAGGGAAAAACGGUAGCUUCGUGGAAACAGGAGCGGUGAUCUACAGCCAAAUGGAAAGUCGUAAUGGCAACAGUUUGGCUUUGACCGCCUUUGUAACAAUCGCGUUUAUCGAAAACCAGGUGGGAUCUUCGGGAAAAUACACCAACACGAUAAACAAAGGCUUGGAUUACAUCGCGAGGAACAUAGACGAAGGAGAAUCGACUUACACGAUUGCGCUGUGCAGUUAUGCUUUACAACUGGCGAAACAUACGUCCAAACAAAGUGCAUUUAACCUCCUGGAUGCUAGGUCUAAGUCAAAGGAUGGUAAAAAAUGGUGGGCUAUUGAUACGCCGAUCAAUGAAACCAAAAAUCCUUGGACUAAGCUCCCCAGAUCUGUCGACAUUGAGACUACUGCGUACGCUCUGCUGACUUUCAUCGAAGCUAAUUUGCUCGAUGAUGCCACGCCUGUGCUGAAUUGGUUGCUGGACCAACAAAACAGCAUGGGUGGCUUUGCUAGUUCGCACGACACUGUAGUGGGCUUGCAAGCAUUGUACAAACUGGUGACGAAGUUGUCGAUCAAUACCAACAUGCAAAUCGACUUUACUUAUAAGAAACAGGAGUCAAACAAGUUCAAUAUUAAUAGGCAAAGCGCCAUGAUUCUUCAGACAAUGCCAAUUCGUAAAGAAGCUAGAGUUAUCAAUGUGACGGCCUCUGGAAGUGGCUUGGGAAUAUUCAGAGUCUCUUACAAAUACAACAUGAAUGUAACCGGUCCUUGGCCAAUGUUCACCUUGGAUCCACAAGUGGACAAGAACUCAAACCGUCACCACUUACAAGUCUCGAUUUGCACAGCGUUCGUUUCGAAGAAUCUGAGUGAAAGUGCGGAAAGCAACAUGGCUGUUAUGGAGGUGACUUUGCCUUCAGGUUUUACGGCCGACAUUGAUGCUUUGCCCAGUUUAGAAGUGUCUCAGAACGUACAAAAAGUGGAAACCAAGGACGACCUGACCAAAAUAAUUCUUUAUUUCAACAACAUUACUAGACUGGAGUAUUGUCCCACCGUUUCAGCCUUUAGAACCCAUAAAGUGGCCAAACAGAAGCCCGUUCCAGUUGUUGUUUAUGACUACUACGACAGUUCUCGAAGAGCGAGAGUCUUUUAUAGAGGACCAAGAUCGACAUUGUGUGACAUAUGUGAGGGUGAAGAUUGCGGAGAUAUUUGUAUCAAGGAAUUGGAAGCUGGACCUUUGGUGGAUGGGGAACUGAGAGGAAGGGAUGGUGGUGGAAGCUCAGCGAUAAGUGCCACAAGUUGGCUUGUGAUUGUCACAAUCUUAGCCUACGUUUGUCGAUAAAUAUUAUAUUAUAUAAGUAUCUCUUCGUGUAAAUACUAGAGCUGAACACUACCUAUGGAAGCCAUACUAUUACUAGUUUAAUUUUAAGAAAGGACUGUAUGUUUACUGAAAAAUAAUUUAAGUAACCACUGUGAUGUUAUUACCUAUUAGUAGUAAUAGCGAUAAGACGUUCAGUAUCAUCAAUCACCAGAUUAACUAUUUUGUUACCUAAUAAAUGUAAUAGUUACUAAUCAUUGUAAAUAGGAUGGAAAGAUUACAUAAAAUACUGAUCUAUAAAUCUAAGUCAAAUAAACAAUAAUAUAAGUGACUAGUCGUUUAAGACCAUGUAACAAUAAGCUAAAAAACAUGUUUAAAUAAAUUAAUGUUAAAAUUC